UAUUUUUAUUUAUAGUGAAGAAACUUGCAACAAUUUUUAUAUUUUUCCUAAAAAAACGAAAUUAAAACAAAUUUUAUUUUCAUUUAACUAAAACAAAACAUGUUGGACGAUAGUGAGCAACUGAAUAGUGAUAUGAAACCAAAAUAUGAAAAAUUAGGCGGUUAUGAUUUCUAUCACAAAGUUUUGCAUUCACCCAAAUUUGUUGUGGCACCAAUGGUGGAUCAAAGUGAGCUUGCUUGGCGUAUGUUAUGUCGCAAAUACAAAGCUGAAUUAUGCUAUUCACCAAUGUUCCACAGCAAUCUCUUUGCCAAUGAUCCCAAAUAUCGUAAAGAUGCUUUGCAAACUUGUGCCGAAGAUCGCCCCCUGAUAAUACAAUUUUGUGGUAAUGAUGCCAAAACACUUUUGGAGGCAGCUGUAUUGGCACAAGACCACUGCGAUGCGGUUGAUAUAAAUUUGGGAUGUCCUCAGGCUAUAGCACGACGUGGUCAUUAUGGUUCAUUUUUGCAGGAUGAAUGGCCACUUUUGGAGGAAAUUGUUAGAACGUUACAUGUAAAUCUAAAAGUGCCGGUAACCUGUAAAAUACGCAUAUUUGAAGAUCGUGAUAAAACUAUACGUUAUGCUCAAAUGUUGGAAAAAGCAGGAUGUCAAUUAUUGACUGUGCAUGGUAGGACUAGAGAGCAAAAAGGUCCUCUAACUGGAAUAGCAGAUUGGAGUUAUAUACGGGAGGUGCGUCAGCAUAUAAAAAUACCUAUGUUUGCUAAUGGCAAUAUUCUAUGUUUGGAAGAUAUAAAAAGAUGCCUGCAAGAGACUGGUGUUGAUGGUGUUAUGACAGCUGAAGGUAAUUUACACAACCCCGCUUUGUUUUGUGGUAUUUCACCUAAAACCUGGGAAAUGGCUGAGUAUUAUCUAAACUAUGUGGAAAAAUAUCCCUGUCCUAUUUCCUACAUUAGAGGUCAUAUGUUUAAGAUUUUCCAUCAUAUCAUGAAUCUUAAGCCGAACAGUGAACUUAGAGAAGAGUUGGCUGUGGCCAAUGAUUUGCAAAAGUUUCGUGAUGUUGUGCAAAAGAUUCAAACAAAAUAUGAACCAUAUCAUGAGGGUCGCGAGGUGUACGAAAUGGAAGAAGUGGAUCCUAGUGUAAUGCAACAGCCAUUGGGUUCUAAUUUGGCUUUACCUCCAUGGUUGUGUCAGCCUUAUAUAAGAGUGCCUCCAGAAAUGCAUAAACAAAUUAUCGCUGAAAAAGUACGCUUAGCUGAAGAUCCCAAUCGGGAGAAACGCCAUUAUUUUGACAAUGAUGGACAGGAGAUUUCACGUAAACGUAUGAAGAAACUAAGAAGACGUAUGCGUCGUCCUAAUAAACCAGAGGGCAAACAUGAACGUAAUUUAGAGAACUGCGACCAAUGCAACAAUCCAAUGGGUUUUAAGUGUGAAUUUCGUCUCUGCCGUAUUUGUUGUCGUGAAAAAUGUUAUACAGAAGAUAAUGAUUGUCCCGGUCAUGGCAUACUCAUAAAAUCUAGACGUGCAAAGGCGAAACUAUUUGAGGAAUCUUCUAAAAAUGAUUCUGGUGUAGCUGAUGAAGCCGAUGAGUCGGGAGAAAGUUUAAAGGAACAAGUUGUUGUUAAUGCGGAUGUUAGUUAGUAGUAGGUGAUUUCCAAGUGUUUAAAAUUUAGUUAAUUUCGUAAAUCAAAACACUUUAUUUUAAUGAUACAAGUGUGUAUAAUUUUAUGUUGCAGUCAUUAAAUUGUAACAAAAUUAUUUUAUGUAAAUACAUUAACUUGUUAAAAAUGUAUUUCAACCUAGUUAAAAAUGUAAGGAAGUUAUUGUAAAGAGUAAACAAGGAUAUAAAUAAAUUUAACAAAAAA